CAAAAACACUUUUUUUCGGCCAGCCUUUGAUCCCUUGUCUUCGUCGCUGCGAACCAUGGCUAUGCAUGAGGGCUAUGGUGGUGGGGUGAACGGUGCCGGUGCUGGUGCCAGGGGAGGGGUCGUGAUCACCGGCGAUCGCGGUGGCAUUGCAGGGUCCGAAGUUGAUUCAUGUGGUGCAUGCUGCUUUGAGGCAGAAGAACCGGUGAGAACCGAGGACAAAUGGGUCUAUGUUGGCGAUGGCCAUGGGAGCUAUGCUCAGGCAACCCACAUGCAGAUGGUGGGGCAUGGAAGGGGUGAUUUUGAGAGGGAAACACAUGCUCAAGUGACGGGCUAUAGAUGCCGAGCUUGCUGUGUAGUAUUGGGAUGUCUCCUCUUCCUCCUUGCUCUCCUUCUACCCAUCGGCUUUGCCAAUGGCUGGUGGUCCCGUUACUUUGCAUCCUACUUUGAUGCACCAGAUCAGUGCAUGACAACUUACUCACCCAACUUCAUGGCAAGGACUGAUGCAAACGCCCUGUUUAUCCGCCAGAUGUGUUGUGCCAGGGGCUAUGCUCACUAUUGUGUUGCGGCUGUCACUCAAACACCACGGACGAUUGUGGUACAUGAUCGGUACUACACACAAGUGAAGGAUGUGCCGGUUCCCCACACUGUGCCAGUGCCUAUUCCUGCUCCACCACCCAAAGUGAUCACGCACAAAGUGAUGGUGCACACACAUGCCUACGACUGUGACUCAGGCCUGACCGACUACAUGCAUACGUGGACCCCAAAGAAGCAGCGCUACUGCUGCUACCUGCGGCACAUUGCUUGCCACACCAAGGUGACUUACAGACCCCAUUACCACACCAUCACGAAGGUCAAGCACAUCACAGUACCCGUUCAUGUGCCUAUCCCAGCACCUCCACCUAAAGUUGUCAACAAGGUGGUGAAUGUGCCGAUCCAUGAUCCACCAAAGGUCAUCAAAGUGCCAGUGCCUGGCAAACCUCAUGUGGUCCCAAAGUAUUUGCACAAGAAGGUCCCGGUGCCUGUGCCGCAGCCUACUCCACCGAAGUAUCACACAGUGCGUGUGCCUGUGAAGAUCACGGACCCUGGAAAGACCAUCAAGGUGCCAGUACCAAUGCCACCAAAAACCAUAGUGAAGAAUCGGGUCGUUUACAAGACCCGUCACGUGAAGGUUCAACACAUCUAUGACUGCAAGGCAGGCUACAGCAAUUGGAAUUCAGGGUGGUCUUCUGCCAAAAAGUCCUGGUGCUGCAGUCACGAGAACAAAGGCUGCCCAGGCGACCACUCAGGUCAUCUUACAAAGACAGUUGUCACGCAUGUCACGUCGCACAUGGGACCUGAGUACUACAGUCAUCACUACACCACCGGUCAUGCCACGGGUCACUACCACAUCUCCCACGUGAGCCCUGCGACCGUUGUCCACCACGUCCACCACUACCACGCGGGUGGAUACCAUGGUGGAAGUGGAACUACUGGGGAUCACAGCGGAACCGCUGGGUACCACAGUCACAGUGGAACGACUGUUGUUCAUCACCACUACUACCAUGCCCGACGACUCCAAGAAGCCAGUGAGACAGAAGGAGAAGUGGCCGACGGUGGUGACAGCAAUGUGGGGGCAGAAAAUGUAGAUGGCGGCGACAGCACCACUGGAGGGGAAGUGGCCGACGGAGGCGAAAGCAGUGUGGAAGCAGAAAAUGUAGAUGGAGGCGACAGCACCAUUGGAGGAGAAGUGCUGGAUGGCAGCGACACCGCCAUUGGAGGAGAAGUGGCCGACGGUGGUGAGAGCAGUGUGGGAGCAGAAGUUGCAGAUGGUGGCGACAGCACCGCUGGAGGAGAAUUGCUGGAUGGCGACAGCACCACUGGAGGAGAAGUGGCCGAGAGUGGUGACAGCAGUGUGGGAGCAGAAGUUGCCAAUGGUAGUGGUAGCACCAUUAACGGAGAGGUGGUUGGUGAAGGCGACGGCACUGUGGGAGGAGGGACGGUGUAUAGCGGUGAAACAGAUUUCGAGCACAACAGUGGCAGAUUCGGUGGAGGCAGCCAUUUCAUUAGCGGACUUGGUGGCGAGUUUGUCGAGAAUGGUGUAGAGCCCACAGGCCACUGGAAUGGAGCGCAAUACAUCCACAACAACGUUUAUGGCAACCAGGGGUCGUACAUUCCGGGUGGGCAGUAUGGUUUAGUGGCCGGGCUUGAUGGCAACAGUUUCAAUACAUGGGUGGAUGGACGCUACGGUCAUUACGACCAUGCUGGCACUUGGCUCGACCAGCAGUUCCCGCAUGAUGCUUGGUAUGGUGAACACUAUGGGCAUUAUGAUCAGAAUGGAGGUUGGGUUGGCAUGACUUACCCACAUGAUGCUUGGGUUGGCGGACACUUCGGACAUUACAACCAUCAAGGCGUGUGGGUUGAGGCCGCUCAUGGUGGAGACUACCAUGUUUAUCACCCUGUUGAAGGAGCUCAAGUUCAAGGAGCACCCGUCCACCAUGUCAUUGAAAAGAACUUGUACUCCGUGCGGACUCAAACCCAUGUCAUCCAUGAUCCUGUUCCUGUUCCAGGUCAAGUGAUUCACAAGUCCAUGUCAGUGCCUGCGAAGCCUGUCUACGACUGCUUCAGUGGCUUCCACAGCUGGAAACAGUGGACACAGGACCAGCAGAGGUAUUGCUGCUACAAGUACAGCCGGGCAUGCACAACAAAAACCAUCCACCACUUGCGCUACCACACCAUAGUGCAGAACCACAACAUCCCAGUGCCUGUGCCGAAGCCCAUCCCUGUUCAUUUGCCUCCACCUCCUCCAAAGGUCAUCAAAGUGCCAGUGCCAAUGCCACCCCCACCCCGCAAAGUUGUGAAGGUCCCAUACCCCGUGAGAGAGCCCUCUCCCGACCCCAAAGUCAUCACCAAAGUGAUCAAGUACAACAAGCCUGUGCCAACUCCGGUAGUCGUGCACAAGACUGAGAAGAUCCCUGUUCCAAUCAAGAACGUCAAGUAUGUGAAGGUGCCGGUGCCGGUGCCAAGUCCUCCAAAAGUCGUUUACCACACGCACAAGGUUGUUUCGCAUGCUUAUGAUUGCGACGAUGGCUUGCACAGUUGGCAAGACGCUUGGUCCCACUCCAAGCGUCUCUAUUGCUGCUGGCGGAGGAGCAUUGGCUGCCCACACUCCCAUACAGUGUACCACACCAAGACCAUUUAUCAUACAAAGCUCGUGCAUCAAAAAGUGAAGCUUCCACCGCAAACCAUCUACAAAGACGUCACAGUACACCACACGAUCGACAUUGAUUGUAACAGUGGCUUCUCCAAUUGGUACUACGGCUGGUCCAACUACAAGAAGCAUUAUUGCUGCACACAUGAGAAAAGAGGAUGUCCUGGAACUUGGCACGGCUUCAUCCAAGGGCACGGUGAGCUUCACGUGGCGCAUGUGGGUCAUGCCACAGGGCGUAUUUAUGAUUGUGAAGCCGGCUUCUCGAAUUGGCUUCAUGGAUGGUCAGAUUCCAAGAAGAAGUGGUGCUGCAGCAAGGAGUCAAAGGGCUGCGUGAAGUUUCACGGCUGCGACAACACUGAUGUCAGAACAUGGUCAAGUGAGAAGCGAGACUGGUGCUGUGGCAAUUUCCAGAGGGGCUGCCCACAAACCACCUUGUCUGCUUUAGGAUGCCGAACCCCUUGCGAAAUCCAUGGCGAGACCUCCACUUGUCAGGAGCGGAUCCACUGGGCCCGAGACCACGUUUUUGGAGGCAAGGGCAACGCGUGCACGCUGGCGUACAGCCAGAUUCAGGUGGAAUGUGAUGUGUGCCGCUCAUGCACUGUGGAAGCAGCUGGGUGCACGGUGACUGCAGUCGCGAAGGAUCCCUAUGACUGCGAUGCCGCUUUGAACAACUUCUUCCGUGCUUGGUCUCCACCAAAGAAGCAGUGGUGCUGCAACAAUCGUGGUAAGGGCUGUGAAGGCAACAGCCCUCCCAAGGUGGAUCCUGGUGCAGGCAUGAAGUGGAAGCAUGUGCAGGUGAACGGCUACUGGACCUGGCAGGUGGUUGCUGGUGGAGGAGCCCUGGGGCCUGCAAGUCUCCCGUAUGAUUGCAAUGUUGGCGUGGUGAAUUGGAAGAUUGGCUGGUCUGCCCCGAAAAAGACAUGGUGCUGCGCACACAACAAGGUGGGCUGCCCGGGAAGUGCCGGAGGUGUCGCAGGACAUGCCACACACGUGACAGUCCACUACACCCAUGCCACAGCGAGCGGUGCAGCCGCCACAGCAGGUUCUGCCUCAAGUGCAGGUGCCGCAGGCUCUUUCUCCGCUCACGGAGGGUCUUUCACGCACGUUCACCACGAAAUCCAUGUGGUCCAUCACCACUGACCACAACCUGCAGGAUCAGCUGAUGGCUUCAAGAACUCAAUGUAGUUCUUCGCCUGACAGCACUUAAUUGAACUAGUGGCCUGCAGAAUUCCGCAAGUUUAACUGAUCACGGAAAAGGCCGAAGAUACACAGCCACUGAGCAGUGGAUGUCGCAGCUCGACGUUGUUCCUACACAGUCCAGCACCUUUUGGACAUGAAAGCCCGCCCGUGCCAGAGGAUCAAGGGUU